CCUUUCACAAGAAAAGUAGAAAACCCCAUCUCAGUUUACCCUCUCUCUCUCUAGCUGGUCGGUUUCAUCUCCCAACGACAACCCCGAAAAAAAGAACGCACAAAUAUUUCAAUUUCUCUUCUAAAUUCUCGAGGACUAAAUCGAAAGCCAUAUAUCUCUUCGAAUCCGAUCUUCAACUCCUCACUCAAAAUCAACCUUCCAUGCUUUUAUCUGAGCAUAUUUGAAUCUAAGUGAACUUCGAGAGUGAAGUGAGGCAUGAAGCGGGAGUUGGAUUACGGAUUGGAGGUUUCACUCCUUCCAACUCGGGACUCAGUGAUUCAGAUUCAAACUCAGGACAGUUCUGCUAUUAGUUGUAAAAGAGUUAAAGGUACUCAAGUGAAUGGUUACAUUGUUUACACUCGAGUUAAAAAGUCUAGAAGUAAUGGCCGUGAUGAGUUUUCGGAUAACUUAGGAAACAUAAAGCUCAAGGACUUCAAUAAGCCGAUGAAUGGUGUUAAAGAGUGUUUAGUUGAAGAGGAUCAGAAGAAUAGAGCUUUGAAAGAAGCAAGUGAGGUGAAGAAUAAUGUAAUUGAAGGUGUGAUUGGAGUUAGAACGGGAAAGGAAAAUGUAGUGGAAGAUAAUGUUAUUGAUAAGGGCUUAGUUGAUCGAGAUUUUGUUGAAGGGGGUCCACUUGUAGAGGCCUUGAUUGAAGAGAGCCGUAUUAUUGGAGAAAAUGCUAUUGUAGGUAACCUUAUAGUUCAGAAAAUUGGAAGUGAUGGCGGGCCUGUUGUUCAAUCUUGGCUUUGUAACGUGCCUGGUGGUAAUUUAGGAAUGGUCAUGUCUAAAGGGGAAUCGAUGAAGGAGCUUAAGAAAUGCCGUGUUGAGAAAGGAGGUUCCAAAGGAUCUUCAAUGCAGAUUGUUGACAAUACUGAUAAUGAUGAUUUACUCUUGAAGACCCUGAAGCGGCCUAAACGAUCAUUAUUGAAACCAAAGAUUGAAGCAAUAGAUGGUUUGCAGGGCCAACAGCAGUCUGUUGAAACUGUGUUAGUAUCAAAUUUUGGUGGAGAUGAAGCAACUGAAGAUAGUGGCUUGACGACUUCAAGGAACGAUUUGGAGUUUAAAAUAUCAAAAAGAAUUGCUCUUAAUAGGUGUCCAAUGACAGUUAAAGAGAUCUUUGACACUGGUUUGCUUGAUGGGAUUCCAGUAGUUUAUAUGGGUACAAUUAGUAGUAAGACAGCUGGUCUUCGGGGCAUCAUUACAGAUGGAGGAAUUUUGUGUUCUUGUUCCUUGUGCAAGGGACGCAGAGUUGUUCCACCUUCCCAAUUCGAGAUUCAUGCUUGUAAACAAUACAAACGUGCAGCACAGUAUAUCUGCUUUGAAAAUGGGAAGAGCCUGCUUGAAGUGUUGAGGGCAUGCAGGAGAAGACCACUGCACAUGCUAGAAGCAACAAUUCAAAAUAUCCUUAGCGCUUUACCUGAGCAAAAGUAUUUCACUUGUAGAAGAUGCACAGGUUCAUUUCCUGCUAUACAUGUUGGCAAAAUUGGGCCACUCUGCAAUUCAUGUGUAGAGUCAAAGAAAUCUCAGUGCAGCUCAAAGAGUGCACCCAGUGCACGAGCUAGAUCACAAGAACCUGUUUUGAUGUCACGGCCCUUUGGAAGUGCAUCAUUGUCUGUCUUUCCACAAAAUAGAAGACAAUGGAAGAAAGAAAGCAAGUCAUCAGAGCUUGAUCUGACUUCUAGUUCACCAGAGUGUUCUUCUUCUUCAUUAUCUACUUCUUCAAAAAAUAGAAGUCCAUGGAAGACAUCAAGAAAGUCAACAAAACCAGGGUUAUUCACAAAGUCCUUGAAGGGUGCUUCAAUUGAAUCGGUUCAUAUUCCCUCACAAGAUAAGGGUCAAAGGAAAAUAAAAAAGAAGUCAGUGAACCUGGUUUUGACGCCAAAGACCUUCAAAGGUGCCUCUUCGCCAAGUUAUUCACCCAAUGGAAGUCAAUGGAAGAUGACAACAAAAGAUCAGCGAUUGCAUAAGUUGAUAUUUGAGGAAAAUGGACUGCCUGAUGGAACUGAAGUUGCAUACUAUGCCCGUGGACAGAGAUUGCUUGAGGGCUACAAAAAGGGCUGUGGGAUAAUUUGUUGUUGUUGCAAUUGUGAGGUUAGCCCCUCACAAUUUGAAGCUCAUGCUGGUUGGGCUUCUCGUAGAAAACCCUAUGCAUACAUAUACACAUCUAAUGGGGUGUCUCUCCAUGAAUUGGCAAUAUCUCUCUCAAAAGGUCGACAUUAUUCUGCCGAGGAUAAUGAUGAUGCAUGCUUCAUUUGUGCAGAUGGUGGGAAUCUUUUGCUUUGUGAUGGAUGCCCAAGGGCCUUCCAUAAAGAAUGUGCAUCUCUACCAACAAUUCAUGGUCGCUGGUACUGCAAAUAUUGCCAGAAUAUGUUUGUGAGAGAAAAGUGUGUGGAGCAUAAUGCAAAUGCUGUUGCUGCUGGAAGGAUUUUAGGAGUUGAUGCUAUAGAGCAAAUAACCAGCAGAUGCAUACGAAUUGUAAAAAACAUUGAGGCAGAGCUUAGUGGAUGUGCUUUAUGCAGGGCAUGUGAUUUUAGCAAAUCAGGAUUUGGUCCUCGAACAAUUUUACUGUGUGAUCAGUGUGAGAAAGAAUAUCAUAUUGGCUGUUUGAGGACUCAUAAAAUGGCCGAUCUAAGGGAAAUACCAAGAGGGAAGUGGUUUUGCACCUCUGAUUGCAGUAGGAUCCAUUCUACACUGCAGAAGUUGCUUACUUGUGGGUCAGAAAAGCUUCCAGAUUCUUUUCUGGAUGUUAUAAAGAAGAAGCAUGUAGAAAAAGGUUUUGGUGCUGAUAUCGAUAUUGACGUGAGAUGGAGACUUCUUAGUGGCAAAUUUGCUUCCCCUGAAACUAGAUUGUUGCUUUCUCAAGCUGUUGGCAUCUUCCAUGAAUGUUUCAACCCUAUAGUUGAUGCAACAACUGGGCGGGACCUUAUACCAUGCAUGGUUUAUGGAAGGAAUUUAAAGGGUCAAGAAUUUGGCGGAAUAUACUGUGCAGUAUUGACAAUCAACUCAUUUGUUGUAUCUGCUGGAAUAAUUCGAGUUUUUGGGAAAGAAAUUGCAGAACUCCCCUUAGUUGCUACAAGCAUUGCUAACCGAGGGAAGGGCUACUUCCAGUUACUGUUCACUUGUAUUGAGAAGCUGCUCGCAUUCUUGAACGUCAAAAACAUAUUGCUUCCGGCUGCCGAAGAAGCGGAAUCAAUCUGGAUAGAUAAAUUCGGCUUCAAGAAAUUAGGACUGGACCAGCUUAGGGAAUAUAAAAGAUCCUGGUGCCAGAUGGUGAUAUUCCAAGGAACUUCAAUGCUACAAAAGGAAGUUCCUCCCUGUCAAGAUUUUAUUAAUACGGAGCCGGAAGAGUUAUAUGACAGAGCGGCGUAAGGGAGAGCUAUGUUUUGAAGCCGAAUGAGUUCAAGGUCAAAGAACAAGAAGUGAGCUCCAUUUGUGAAGAGCUGGAAGGAGUUCCAAUGUGAAAUGCUGUUAAUUUUUUUUUGUCCAACUAUUAACGAAAACAGGCAGAGACAAGACUUGAAUUUGAUUGAAUAGUGAAUAGAUUUAAGUGGUUAUUAGGUUCGUAUUUGAUUUCUCGGAUUAUUUCAGUAAGUCCAUUCGGACUACAGUGGGACUGCUGUUCCUUGUUUCGUUUAUUACUUGUCUAACAACUCGAGGUGGACGAUGACGUCAGAGACAUAGGGCAUGCAUGUUUAUCGUGCUAGUCUUGCUUUUGUAUCAAAUCUUUAGAGGUUUGCUGGUUUGAUUAGUGUACCCAUUUACAUGGAAUUUGCAGUGUAAUUACCGUGGCAAUUCCUCCCUGUCUCCUCU